AUGUCCGAGAGCUUCGAAUUAGACAAAGACCUCGAGUUUUCAGGUAUCAUCGUCGCAGGAAACGUCGACGACAAACUCAUUUCAGACGUUCAGCGACAUCUGCAGAAGACACGUGAUGAUAUACGGCGACGAAGCCGACAGAUCCAGUUACACUGGAAUGGUGAUUGCGAUGCGGUCAUGUUUUACUUUGACGUUGUAAUGAAGCCGUCCAUACCGACUUUGCGAAAUAAGCCGUGCUUGAAUCGCUGGUUUGUCCAAUAUCUGGGUCGACCGAAGGGGACGUCGAUCUACAAGCCUCGGGUAGAGAAGGGCACUUACAAUGUCUUAAUCGUCAUUGAGCCUGGGGCUGGGUUUCCGCGGUUCUAUGAGAGUUCGCAUGGGGAGAUCGAGAACGAUGCGAUGACCCCCAUCACUAAUACUUAUGUUGUGGACGUGCCGCAGAGGGAAGGGGCAGUUGUUGUUUUUGAUGCAACCAUAGGGCGUCAGGAUACUGCAAAGGGUAAUGGCCUUGACGCUCUCCUCUGCCGACCGCGCCCACCAGCCUGGCAGCAAUUCCUGAAGCAUCCAUGCAUCUUUCUUGCGCGCAAGUUGUACACCUGGCAGCCCAUCAUUCCCGCCCAACCAGUGAAGGACCCUAUCUCUAUAGUCUGCAUCUCUGACACACAUAACUGCCAACCCACGCUUCCAGACGGCGACAUCCUUAUUCAUGCAGGUGAUCUGACUCAAUCAGGGUCUUUUGAGGAACUACAAGUGACAGUGAACUGGUUACACGCGCAGCCACAUCGAACCAAAAUUGUCAUUGCUGGGAAUCACGACUUGCUUCUUGAUAUUAACUUUCGCCGAAUAGAAAGGCAAACAUCUACUCAUACCUCCACAGAAGGGUACAAAGACCUCGACUGGGGGGAUAUAGUCUAUCUCCAGAAUACCGAAACGACCAUCACCUGCGACAAUGGGCGCCGUCUACGUGUGUACGGCAGUCCCUACUCACCACGUCACGGUAACUGGGCCUUCCAGUACCUUCGCUCCGAGGACAUCUGGAGUGGUAGUGUACCAGCUAAUGUCGACAUUCUGGUAACGCACGCCCCGCCCCGCGCCCAUCUGGACUUGCUCAAUCUUGGCUGUGUGCAUCUCCUACGAGAGCUCUGGCGUGUUCGCCCACGCUUACAUGUCUUUGGACAUGUUCAUGAAGGCGCGGGGACCGAAUGGCUGCAUUUCGACUCUUUUCAGAGUGCAUACGAACGCACUGUAGUCUCUGGGGGUGGAAUCUGGAACCUUAUUCGCAUACUGAAGGAGUUUGUGCAGACUUUCUUUCGUCCUACCGCCGAGGCAAAAUGUGCACUUGUCAACCCAUCCAUCGUGGGCGGCUUUCGAGACUCCGAGUAUCAAAACCCUAUCAAAAUUACCAUAUAG